AUGUCAGUGAAUCCGAUGUUCCCCCCUUUAAGCGCGAAACCCCCAAAAAGACAACGAAACAAAGAAUCGACACCUCAACCCCAAUCCCCAGCACAAGAAAAACAAGAGAAAGUACAAUCUCCAAAAGUCGAAAAGGUACAGCCCAAGCAAGAAACCCCACCAGCUGCGCAAAACAAUUUUAAUCUUCCGGGGUUACCUCCAAACACUUGUCAACUCAUAGCCGACUUGGCAGAUGUUGAGAAGAGGGUCGAUGCACUACACGCACUCUCACUGAUUGCAGACAAACAUCCAGAUUUAGCGAUACCAUUAUGGUACUCGUUUGGUACUGUUGUGAUACUCCUAGAAGAGGUUGUGAGUGUUUACCCACACAUCUCCGGAAAACACAAGGAACCCCUCUCCGUAUCGUCAUGCGAGAC